AUGUCAGACAAAGAAAACGAUCGUGUGGCCGAUCCAAUUGAGGAUGAGGAGCUCGAUUUCUCCAAGCUCAAGAAGAAAAAGAAAUCCAAAAAGAAGGUCGAUUUCGAUGCCGAUGUCGCUGAAGAAGCCCCAGCAAAAGAACAAGAUAACGAGGGUGAGGAAGAAGCUGAUCCAGAUGCCAUGUUUGCCGACUUGAAGAAGAAGAAAAAGAAAAAGUCCAAGAGCUUGCCGGAGGAUGAAGAAGGUGGUGCUGCUGCUGCUGCUGAAGCCAAUGAGGAGGAGCCUGACUUUGGUGCCAUGAAGAAGAAGAAAAAGAAGAAAAAGAACAUGGCCGAAUUUGAAGCAGAGCUUGCAGAACAAGAAGGCGAGGAUCAAGAUGAGAAGAAGGGUGAUGUCAAGGAGAAGAAGGAUGAGGCAUGGCUCAACAGUGACAGAGAUUACCAUUAUGAUGAGCUGCUCUCUCGUGUGUUCAAAAUUUUACGCCAAAACAACCCAGAGCUCGCUGGUGAAAAGAAACGCUACACCAUUGUACCUCCUUCUAUCCAUCGUGAUGGCAGCAAAAAGACCGUCUUUUCCAAUGUUGCCGAUAUUUGCAAGCGACUUCAUCGUCAACCUGAACACGUCAUUCAGUUUUUGUUUGCAGAAUUGGGUACCACUGGUUCAGUUGAUGGCUCACAACAGCUUGUGAUCAAGGGUCGAUGGCAACAAAAGCAGAUUGAAAAUGUCUUGCGUCGCUAUAUCGUGGAAUACGUGACCUGCAAGACUUGCAAGAGCCCAGACACAAUCUUGUCCAAAGACAACCGCUUGUACUUUGUGCAAUGUGAAUCUUGUGGUUCCACUCGCUCCGUAUCCGCUAUCAAGACUGGUUUCAAGGCACAAACCAAGGAAGAUAGACGAGCACUUCGAGCAUAA